AUGUCACAGAGAGCCAAUACUCGGAGCAGAGCCGGAUGUCUGACAUGCAGGCAACGCCACGUCCGAUGCGACGAGCAACGUCCAUCUUGCCUAGCCUGCCUUGCCGGUAGCCGAUCAUGCAACUAUGCAGCCCCCGUGAUCCCACUUCGGGAUCGAAGGAUGCUGCAAAGGAAUGCACUCCCACCCGGUCAGCAUGCUCCAUGGGCAUUGGCAAAGGCGGAUGGUAUGACAGGUCGAAAUCCGGCACCAGGCUCGGCCAUGGACCCGUUUGAUACACUUCCUAUCAAAAUGCCGUUCAAAUCACAAGAAUUAUAUCACUACUUCUAUCACACCGGCAUGGCCUUUGCAGUGGCUCCGGCAGAUCCAAAAGAUGACUGUAUUGCUCUGGCAACGCACGAUGAACAUGCGCUUCGAAGCACGCUUCUGCUUGCUGGCAUACACUAUUGCUGGAACACUGGCAACUUGCAGGAUUAUGAGUCUGCCUUUCUUUUCCACAAGGUUGAGAGCAUGCGCAUUGUCAAUUCCUGGCUUGGGGCUGGAGGCUCCAAAACAUUUCUCGCCUGUGUGAGACAGAUCUUGACGAUCUCGCUAUCUGAGGCGUGCCUUGGUAAUCUGGCCGCUGCAGAGACUCACCUCAAUGGUGUUAUGGCCCUUUUCGACUCUCAUGGACAGGCAGCCGGUGCCUGUGAUAACGUUGAUGAUAUAGAUGGCGAGCUCGCUAGUCGCUAUCUUCUCCUAACAUCUGGCUUUGUACUUGCCUUGAAAAGCCGUCUUGAAGGUUUUACGCGCUUUCGCACGGCCCAAGGCAUCGACCCCAAUGACGACGGUUCAUCAACUGAGGCCCUGCAUCUAAUAAAAUUGUGGCACAAAAUAGAGCAUAGUGGCCUCGAAACCAGAUUGAAGGCCAUACGUCUAUUCCCGUAUUUCUUCAGCCCGCCCCCGAUCCAUGGCAGCCGGCCUAAAUCAGUAGAUGUUGUGCCUAUCAUGGCCUGUCUCAAAGGAAUGACAGAGGCGGCAGAUCUGGUUUGCCUCAACCCCACAGUUGAGAAUAUUAACCGAGUCUGGAACGAUGGCGGCCCUACAAAGCUGCUCCUGGUUCUCGUUACUUCUCACAUAUCAUCUUUUUCCAAUAGUGAUGAGAACCAAAGUUCUCCAACCGGAGGAAAGACGGCGCAACCACUCCUUCAAUCCUCGUGGAGCGGCAUCUCUGCAACGGUGGUAUUAUAUAUGCACAGCGUGCUCAACAUCAUCAACGCAGGCGAGCCACUCGAGUACCGGCUCCUGUGCCGCAUCCUUCUGAUAUUAAAACGCGACAUUGAACAGACCCGCGCCGACCUGGGCGGAAGCCAUGGAAGCAUGCGACAAUCCCUUUGGUUCUGGAAAGUAUUUCUCGGAGCUCUAGCUCUGUCUAAACACAUGUCCAUCGAUACGCGGACUUCCACGCCUGAGAAAUGGCCGUGCGAGGCGGAACUCGAAGAACUCUAUGAAUGGUUUCGCGACUGUGUUCGCGCUUGGAGUGCUGUCACUGGAACGACGGAUUGGAAGGUUGUGCAGUCUAGACUAGCAAUGUUCGCCUGGCCAGCGGCAUUAUCUCGCGAUGGAAAGGAAUUUGGCGCGAAUAUAUGGGCUCAGAUGAAGAAAACUUACGGCUGA